AAUGCAUAAGAAUGAAUAUCUUAUAUAUACAGAUGGAAUCAUGUGGAAAGCCGUAUUCGACGAAAGUCGUAUGUACGGUUUGGAGGGAGAUCUUUGAUACCUUUAGAGAUCCACCCUACAAUAUGGAGUUAAAAAGCCGAAAUAAGUAAUUAUUAGUCUUUAUGAAAUAAAUUUAUGAACCUUUUUCACACUCAUGUCACGCCAAAGUACUGUAGAAAAGAAAAUUGAGAAAUUUGAUCCGAUUUAUCAUAAUCAAUUAGUUAACAUGGUCGUUAACCGUAUUCUUAAACACGGAAAAAAAUCAUUAGCUUAUCGAAUUUUUUAUCAAUCUCUAAAAAAGAUUCAACAAAAAACAGAGAAAAAUCCACUAAUUGUUCUACGUCAAGCAAUACAAAAAUUAACUCCCAAAUUAAUAGUAAAAUCAAGACGUGUAAGUGGAUCCACUUAUCAAGUUCCCAUUGAAAUAAAAAAGAAAGAAGGAAAAAUACUUGCUAUUCGUUGGUUAUUAGAAUCAUCCAGAAAACGUUCUGGUCGAAAUAUGCAUUUCAAAUUGAGUUACGAAAUAAUGGAUGCUGCCAGAGAGAAAGGCAAUGCUAUACGCAAGGAGGAGGAGAUUCAUAAAAUGGCAGAAUCCAAUAAAGCUUUUGCGCAUUACCAUUAACCCACUAACUAUAUAAAUAGAUCCACAGAUUUGUUGCAUUCUGGCCAAUAAAAGAAAAUUUGGAUAAAUUUUGACAAAGUAAGUUUUCUUUUAUUGGAAUGAAAACGAAAGGAAAA